AUGCGCUCCACGCAGGAGGACGAGCAGGAGCAACAGCAACAGCAUGAGCAGGAGCAGGACGAAGCACUCAGCCUCAGCAUCCACCUCCACCUCCAACUCUAUCUCCAUCUCCUACUCCAACUCGUGCCUGACAGCUGGGCCAGCAGCAUCAACAAUAACAGAAGCACCAUCAGCAACAGCAGAACAAAGCGAAGUGCAUGGAACAUUUUUGCAAUCGUUGUGCUAACAACGCUGAUAAGCAGCUGCUCCCUGGUGAUGGUCCUGGGUGACGAGUCCAUCGAUACGCGUGAAAAUGCGGAUCUGGUGUUGAAGUGUCGCUUCACCGAGAAAUACGAAUCGAAUGAUUUCUCGUUCUUUUGGACGCGCUCCAUAUCGAAUCCUGCGCAAUUCGACAACGUUGCCAUUGGCGAAGUGCAGUUGAGUUCCGGCUAUAGACUCGACUUUCAUCCGGAACGCGGUAUUUACGAUCUGCAAAUCAAGAAUGUGUCCUACAAUCGCGACAAUGGACGCUUCGAGUGCCGCAUCAAGGCCAAGGGCACCGGUGCCGAUGUCCAUCAGGAGUUCCAUAAUCUAACCGUCUUAACGCCCCCGCAUCCGCCGGUCAUCUCCCCGGGCAGCAUUGCCGUCGCCACCGAGGAUAAGCCCAUGGAGCUGACAUGCAGCAGCAUUGGCGGCUCACCAGAUCCCACAAUAACCUGGUACCGCGAGGGCUCCAAUUCGCCACUGCCUGCGAGCGUGUUGCGCGGCGGCACCAAGGAUCAACCGACAAAUGCGACACUGUCGAUAACACCACGUCGCGAGGACGAUGGCGCCAAAUACAAGUGUGUGGUGCGAAAUCGGGCCAUGAACGAGGGCAAACGUCUGGAGGCUACAACCACAUUAAAUGUUAAUUACUAUGCCCGCGUUGAGGUCGGACCGGAGAAUCCGCUGCGAGUGGAACGUGACCGCACUGCCAAAUUGGAGUGUAAUGUGGACGCGAAGCCGAAGGUGCCGAAUGUCCGCUGGACACGCAACGGCAGCUUCAUUAGCUCCUCCCUGGUGCACACCAUCCAUCGGGUGAGCGUGCAGGAUGCGGGCAAAUAUACGUGCAGUGCCGACAAUGGACUGGGCAAAACUGGCGAACAGGAGCUCAUACUCGAUAUACUCUAUCCCCCAACGGUGGUCAUCGAGUCAAAGACGCGCGAGGCCGAAGAAGGUGAAACCGUUAAUAUACGGUGUAAUGUCACAGCGAAUCCGGCGCCAGUCACCAUCGAAUGGCUGAAAGAGGGUGCCUCCGAUUUUCGUUAUAAUGGUGAUGUCCUAACAUUAGCCUCGGUGCGGGCUGAGCAUGCCGGAAAUUAUAUUUGCCGUGCCGUCAACAUAAUGCAGAGUCAGGGCCAGGAGCGUAGCGAACGUGUGGGCAACUCCACAGUUGCACUGCUCGUCCGUCAUCGUCCCGGCCAGGCGUUCAUCACACCCAACAAGCCGGUGGUGCAUGUGGGCAACGGUGUCACCCUCACCUGUUCGGCAAGUCCGCCCGGCUGGCCGGUGCCACAGUAUCGUUGGUUCCGCGACAUGGACGGCGAGUUCUCGAGCCGGCAAAAGAUACUCGCGCAGGGACCACAAUACUCCAUACCCAAGGCCCAUCUGGGCAAUGAGGGCAAGUAUCAUUGUCAUGCCGUCAAUGAGUUGGGCAUCGGUAAUAUGGCCACCAUUGUGCUGGAGAUACAUCAGCCACCGCAAUUCUUGGCCAAGUUGCAGCAGCACAUGACGCGUCGGGUUGCAGACAAUGAUUAUGCGGUCACUUGCAGUGCCAAAGGCAAACCAGCUCCGAGCAUUAAAUGGCUCAAGGAUGGUGUUGAAAUACUGCCCGAACUGAAUCUGUAUGAGGUGAAAACGAAUCCCGAUCAGGGUCCCAACGGUAUGGUCACCGUACAGAGCAUGCUCAAGUUUCGCGGUACGGCAAGACCCGGUGGCAAUCAACUGGUGCCUGGCGAUCGUGGCCUCUACACCUGUCUGUACCAGAACGAGGUGAACUCGGCGAACUCAUCGAUGCAGUUGCGCAUUGAACACGAACCGAUUGUGCUGCAUCAGUACAACAAGGUCGCCUUCGAUAUCAGGGAAACCGCAGAGGUUGUGUGCAAAGUGCAAGCAUAUCCCAAACCCGAAUUCCAAUGGCAAUUUGGUAAUAAUCCGUCACCGCUAACCAUGUCCUCGGAUGGUCACUACGAGAUUAGCACCACAACCGAUAAUAAUGACAUUUACACGUCGGUGCUGCGCAUCAAUUCGUUGACACACUCGGACUAUGGCGAAUACACUUGCCGUGUGGUCAACUCGCUGAACACCAUUCGGGCGCCCAUCCGUUUGCAACAGAAGGGUCCGCCGGAGAAGCCGACGAAUCUGCGUGCCGUCGAUGUGGGCCAUAAUUAUGUGACGCUUAGCUGGGAUCCUGGAUUCGAUGGUGGUCUGAGCAAGACCAAGUUCUUUGUCAGCUAUCGGCGUGUUGCAAUGCCCAGGGAGGAGCAAUUGAUACCGGAUUGUGCAACCCUGGCAAAUGCCAACUCCGAUUGGGUGGAGGUGGACUGUCAGCGGGAUAUACCCUGUAAAGUCACCUCGCUGGAACAGCAUCAGAGCUAUGCCUUCAAGGUGAAAGCAUUGAAUCCCAAGAACGGUUCACCCUACUCCAAUGAGAUAACGACCACGACCAAAGUGAGUCGCAUUCCGCCACCGCUGCAAGUCACCUAUGAGCCGAGCACACGCACCUUGGGCAUCGAUGUGGGCGCCACCUGUCUCAAUCUGGUCGCUGUUGUGGAGACAAUGUUGCAUGGUGAUACGCCCAUGGCCUCCUGGGAUCUGGUGGAUAUAGUGGAGAACCUACAGCUAUCGGGCAAUGGACCGACGCACAAGGAGAAGAUCAUCGAUCGUCUGAUUGCGCCACGUCGCAGUGGCGGCGGACGUGCUUUGGGCCACACCAUCAACGAUGAUGAUGAGGAUCAUGAUGCCGCCCUUAACAACCUGGCCCUGGAGCAGGACGACAAUAGUCCAGUGGUGCGAGUGAAACUCUGCCUGCGCAACAAUCACGAGCAUUGCGGCGAUUACACAGAUGCCGAGAUUGGACGCCCUUAUAUUGCGGAGGCAAGCGCCCUUGCGACACCCACACUGAUUGCGAUAAUCGUGUCGUGCAUUGUAUUCGCCCUAUUUGCCGGGCUACUGCUCAUGUUCUGUCGCUGCAAGCGCAAUCAGUCGAAGAAGAGCGCCGCCGCCAAGGACUACGAGAUGGACUCCGUUCGCCCAUCGAUUGUGGCCGCCCAACAGAAUCAGGCACCGCCACCGUAUUAUCCUGCCAGCGGGUUGGACAACAAGGCCCUCGAGCACUCGAUGGACCUCGCCCUCAACAUGGAGGACCAGAAGACGGCACUGUAUGCCACACAAAAUGGCUAUAGUUAUCAUCCGGGCAGCGGUGUCGUUGGCAUCGGUGGCGUUGGCAUCGGCAGUGGUUUGGGUGGCGGUGUUGUUGGCAUCGGCACCGGUGGCAUCGGUGGCGGCGGCGGCGGUGUCGGUGGUGUUGGCACCCUCAAUGGUGUUGGAGGCGGCGGCGGUGUUGUUGGUGUCACCGGCAUACCCGGUUUGACAGGACACACGUUGCCAGGAAAUGAAUGGGUCAACAUGGGCUACAUGGAGAACAAUUAUUCGAAUUCGAACAAUGGCGGCAGCGUCAACUCGCAGGACUCGCUGUGGCAGGUGAAAAUGUCCGCGGCUGCGGUGGGCAAUCAACAGACCUUGGUGCAGGCGCCACACAAUCAGUAUGUGGAACAGCAGCCGACCUAUGGUUACGAUCCGCUCACACAUGGCGGCUAUGGGGCUGUGGAUGAUUACGCCCCCUAUCCCCAUUUGACAGCCACGCCCAGCCAAGUGGGCGAUGAGUAUCACAAUAUGCGCAACAGUCAAAAUCCGUCCCGGCAGGACUACUGCAGUGAUCCCUAUGCAUCUGUACAGAAGCCCAAGAAGCGUGUCGAUCAGCAUUUAGAUUCACCAUAUCACGACGUAAGCGGUCUGCCCAAUCCCUACAACAUGGAGCACAUGGAACAGGACGAGGUCCUGCCGCCACAGCAGCAUAUGUCCCUCAGCUACGAUGACAGUUUCGAGGGUGAAUAUUCGACAACGCCGAAUGCCCGAAAUCGUCGUGUCAUACGCGAAAUUAUUGUCUAAGCCAGUCGAAUAAAUACACACACAAAAAAAGGAACAAUUAACAACAGCAACAACAACAACAAACAGGCACUCUUAACUCUACAACAAACUCCCACAAACACACACACACCACACACACAACCUGCUCAUCAUGCAUCAUACAUCAUCAUACAUACAAGAAGAAAAAACAAAAACAAAAAACAGAAACGAAAACGAAAAGAAAACUCUCCAUUCAGCAUUACAACGAAAUCUCAAGUUUUUCUUUUUAUGUUUUUACUCAAUUUGAGAAGU